AUGUGGGUGCAGAUGUGGGGUGUGGGUGCAGCCCUGCGGUGCCCAGGUGCCCAACCACCUUCCUCCUCUUCUCGCUGCCCCACCACCUCCCUCCUGCUCCAGGUGUUCCUGGCCACAGGCAUGUGCCACGUGGAGCCAGCUUACAGCCGGGCCAUGGCUGCACUGCUGGAGAACCUGGAUGCCUUCGGCACGGCCACCACCAUGGCCCAGGUGCUGCCAGUGCUGCACGGCCACUCCUACCUGGACAUCGCCUCCAUGCGCUGCCAGGAGGAGUCAGAUACACUGACACCCCUCGACGUGGAGCCCCCGACUGAGGUGCCAGGGAACAAGACAGUGCGGCUGGUGGUGGAGUGUGCCCAGCCCUGGUGUUUUGAGCUCCAGCUCUACGACCGGCAGGUGUCCACGCCUGCUGCCGCCUCCCUGCUGGAUGUGCUUGGGGUGGCCGCUGCACAGAAACCCCACUUCACGUUCGACACCCAGGACACCCCCCAGGGCCCCUACCUGACCCAGGUGCUGGGGCUGGAGGCCCGGCAGGAGAAGCGGAACUACUGGCAGCUCCUGACAGCCCCCAGCACCCCCCUGGUGACAGGUGUCGCCGACUACAUUCCCCGCGAUGGGGAGACCCUCAUCCUGCGCCUCAGCGAGUGGUAGAGGGUAGGGGGCUGUAGGGGGUGAUGGCAAUGAAACCUCCCCUGUGGGCACAG